AAAAGUUCGAUGACCAUCUACCAGGAAAAAUGUCUGCCCCCACGAAAGUUUAUCUUUUUUGUGUCAAUUCAAUGCAUUAUUGCCGAUUACGUAAACUACAACGUAAAAGCAAAAUAUUUUUUAAAGGCAUCGCUAGACACUUCUCGGCCACUAGUCAAGAGCUUGGUGCGGUAGUGUUGACGUUAGAUAGUGCAGCACAGGAACACAUGGUUUAUGGUCAAAGUGGGAUGUUGAACAGUCACCCGGGACAGAUGAGGGUUAAACGUGUGUCUGUUCCCACAAGAUUAGAAAAGGCAUGCGUUGCUAUAGUAAACAAAUAUGGCAUUGGCAAUAUCAUGAAAGAGGCAGAAGGACUCGCACGCUAUCUUCAUGGCAGGCACGCACCUGUGGAAGAAAUGGAACUAAGGCAGAAGGCAAAGGAGGCAGAAUUCAAAGUGCGGACACAGGAUGGCAUUGAUCUAUACCACUUGAACCCAGAAGAGAAACGUCUAGUAGAAAGUCAACGAAAGGGGAAAAUUCUAAACAUUCUAAGGCAGAGUCUAUACCACUGGGAACCUAUUGAAUAUGAUGCAUACAAGGGGAUCCUAUAUAUGUUGUCUAGGCUUGUGCCUGAAUAUGCCAUGUUGACCAGUAUCUUCUCAGAGAUUCAGAGGCGUGACUCUUCAUUCUCUCCUAAGACCCUGUUUGACUUUGGAUCUGGCAUUGGUUCAGUUGCAUGGGCUGCGAAUGCUGCGUGGCCACACCAGAUAGAGGAACACUUUUGUGUGGAUCGUUCUGCUGACAUGAACAUGCUGGCCCGUCUGCUGAUGCAGGGAGGGAUGGAGGACAGGCCAGAGUGCUUUAAGGGUACCUUCUUCAGACAGGUGCUCCCCACGUCCACAAGUCAUUCACAUCUCUCCAGAACAGAUGACAUCAGCCAGCUAAAUAAUGAGCAGCCUAUUAUAUCAAAUUCUGAGACAUAUCAUCCUUCAAAUGCCUCUCAGAUUGGACACGUGUUUUCCCCGUGUCCUCAUGAUGUCACAUGUCCUAGAAGCAUUGAUGGAACAAAUACACCAUGCAACUUUGAGGUUCCAUAUCAGCCUUUAUCGUUAUUCAAGAGAGAUGCCGAGAUUGGUCGAGACAUGGUGAGGUUUAGCUAUGUGGUUCUUACCAAGGGAGCGCGUGUCCAAGAAACAUGGCCACGUAUCGUCCGACCAUCUAUCGUCAGACACCGACAUGUCCACUGUAACCUGUGCACUGCAAGCGGCCAACUGCGGAGAGUUACGAUAACCGCAGGGAAGCACAAGCAUUUGUACCGAUGUGCAAAGAAAAGCGAUUGGGGUGACAGUCUACCUGUAAAGUUAGCAAUUGCACAUGAUGGCAACCAUACUACAGUCGAUGAUAUUAACAAUACCAAGACAGACAGACCUGCAGCAGCUGAUCUUGCCAAUGACACAGGUAGAGGUGGUGAGCAAAGUUGAAGGUCAAGUAAACUAUAACCACGUGGAGCAGCACUUGCAUGAAAAGGAUGCCGUGUUUAAUGAUGAUUGCUAUUGCACAAUCUAUACUAUUGCAAUUGUGUAACCGGUUCAACGCUGUGACUGAAAUAAAUGAACACGAGUAUAGGUCGAGCAUUUUGACAUCAAAAAGAUUCAGUGUAUCACGGUGACCUCUUCGCAGACAUCAUGGAAGUGGUGAUGGCUCAUUCAAGUGUCAAAAAUCUUUUAGUUUAGUGUAUAUGUGAGUAUCGAAACAAUGAUACCAUUGAUCUUUUUUUAAAUAUAAUUACAAGUAGAAUUAAUUAUAAUGGCUGUUACCAUCA